AUGACUGGGAAUCCAUCUAAGAGACUUGCUUGGAGUGACUCUGCCUUUGAUUCAAAGCACACACAAUAUCCUGAAGAUUCCUACAAGGCCCACAAGAAGAAAUCAAAGGAGAAGGAAAAGAGACUGGCAGUCAGUCAGUGGGACACAGAUGUACAACCCCUCAUUUCAUCGUCUAAAUGGCUUCAACAUCAUGGACUCAAAAGAAACAAGUUGUCCUUACUCCAGAUUUUGUCACAGAUUGGAUUCCGGCACAGAAAAGAUUAUGUGACCACCUUGGGGAAACUUGUGGCUUCUCGGUAUGCAGAUGGUCUGUUUCCUCAAUACAAGAGAGCUCAAGAUGGCAGCAUGUAUAAUCUGACAGCCAAAAAAGAACUGAUUCUUCAUUUUGUGGAUUGUCUAAUGAGAGCUAUUGAACUAUAUAAGCAGCGAAUGGAAUGGUUAACCAGUGAGAGCCGGCAGAUAUUUGGAGUGAUUCAAGAACGAUGCAUUGUCAUUGUUUUGGAUUUUGGCACUGUGUCAUCAGCUGAAUUUGAUCUAUGUCGGGAUGCACUUUCUAUGGUACUUGUGGAACAGGUGACUCAAAUUGCCAAAUUCAACCUCAUUCGGGCUGCUCAGGACCUUAUGAAGUGGCAACAGAAACCCAUUCCUGUGUCUGAGCAUACUGUAAAGUCUGCUGUUACGUGGCUCUGGAAGCUGGACCAUAUGACAGCUGCCAGCCCUACCAGCUCUGCUGAAGCCCUCUUGGAAGCCAGGAGCGAUGAUGUGGUUGAAGCCAUUUAUUACUUUGCUGUGGGUGAUGUACCAGCGGACACAAAGCAACUACUCCUUGAGAAUGUUUCUGACAAUCCCUGUCCAGUCAACACUGUAUCUUUCAAUGCUAGGGAGGAUGCAACUAUCAUUUUUUUGAAAGAGUUGAGCCGCUUGGCCUCUGGCAGAUUCCAUGCUUUUGCUGAGAAGAAUGACUACAGAGGUGCCACUGGAUCUACACUAAAAUAUGAAGAGGAUGGAAAAGGUCUAAUUGCCCUGAAUUCCAUGAAAGUGAAAGGGCGAAUGCCGCUAGUAGCUGGUGUCCGUGAAGAUGUCUUUUUGAUCUGGAAGGAGUUGGAAGAAGCCAGGGCUACAGUAAGAGAAGUUCAGAAAAUUUUAUCAGAAUCUGACCAGCCUGCUUCUCAAGGUGCCAAAGAUGAUCAUCCACUGCAAAAGCAUACGCAUGACAGAUACUUGAAUUCUGAGAAGUGGUUGAAGAAGUAUGGCUUGAAAGCUCAGGAGCUCACACUGUACGAUGCACUUGCUGAUUGUACUUUUCGCCAUGCUGAGGGCAUUGUUGACAUAAAAACUAAACCAGAGGAUGAAUCUUCACAAACUGAUGCUGACACAAAUAGGAAGGUAAUUGAUGCAAAAUACUGUGACAAGUUUGUACAUACCUUCUGGAAAGAUGGAUCUGUAGUUCAUGUGUAUGUUAGUACAGAAAAGUAUAAGCAGUAUGAAGAGAAAAUGAGGACAGCUCUCAGACAAGUGGAAGGAAGGAUUAAGUGGCUUCAACAGGGAAGCAGAGGGCUCUUUGGGAAUGUGUUGGAAGAUGAUGUCUAUAUUCUUAUUGAUACAUCCCAGUCUAUGAAGGACAAGCUGCCACUGGUGAAGGAGAAAGUAUUUCAGCUUAUACAGGAACAACUGAGAUACAAAAAGAGAUUUAACUUUGUGAAAUUUAGUGCCCGAGCAGUGCCAUGGCAAGGGAAACUUGCUGAAGUUAAUGAGGAAAAUUUGCAAGAUGCUUGGCUGUGGAUAAAAGGGCUUGAGGUUGGAAGUUCCACAAAUACACUCGAAGCUCUUCAGAUUGCUUUUGCUGAUAAUGGCACUCAGGCUAUUUAUCUCUUAACUGAUGGGAGACCUGACCAGCUCCCCGAAAAGAUUUUGGCUCAAGUCCAGCUUCAUCGUAAAAUUCCCAUCCAUACUGUAUCUUUCAACUGUGAUGACAUAGAAGCUAAUAAAUUUUUGUAUGAACUAUCUACUGAAACAGAGGGCCGGUUUCAUUAUUACAACAUUUAUUUGACUGAACGUGAUGCUUCGGAUUUUGCUGUUAGUGAAGACAUACGUCUUUUGAAAAGAGAGAUUGAACAAGGAAAAAGAGACCUAGAGACAGUGAAGGCCAUUCAUGCCAAAUGUCUGAUGAUGGAUUGUUAUAAUGGAGAAAAUAAUCCAGAGAAUAACAGUAAGCUCUGCUGUGCUUCGAAAGAGCCGGCACCGACACCACGUCAGCAAAUCUGGGAAACCACUGCUGACAGUCCAGCCCCAGGGAAGAAAGCAUUACAUGCAGGGCAAACUAAGACGAGUCUGCUGCGGAUCCUGAGCCAUAGUAUCAAAUCUAGGGAAGAAAGAUCAGAGGAAGGAAUAUCUCCUGGAAAAACAAGUUUUUCUGUCAAGAAGAGCAUGAAAUGUAUUACUAUUUUCGAAGGCAAGUUGACAGAACAGGAAGCUCUGGGUGGGGGAGACGACAAUGUUUCUUCUUCCACGUUCGUACUGCUGGGGCCUCGUUUCAGGCAAAAUAGUGCAGACCUGCAGUAUAAAGGACUAGAACAUAGCAGAGAUGCAGAGAACUGGACACACAGGAGGGUGUAA